AUGGACUUUGCGAAGGGUUCAGUCCGCCUCCGUGUGCAGCCAUUCAGCUCUUCUCGCCCUUCUAAUCCUCCACCGAGACUGCAAGCGAGGCCGACUUCCAGGUGGGUCCUUCCAAAGUGGCUCGUUGCUUGCGGCUGGGCCUUCCACGCCUUCAGCCGAGCGGGCCGAGCGCGUGCGUGGCACGUGUGUCGCAGCUUGACACGGCUCAUGGCCAAUGAUGCGCGGCAUCAUCCAUCAGCCUUGCGGAAUCGGGGGCCAAUCUUGGAGGUGUUGCAGGACGUUUUGGCCGACAAAUCUGCCAAAGAAGGCCACGUUCUGGAGAUAGGGUCUGGCAGUGGCUGCCACGCAGAGCAUUUUGCUCCAAACUUCCCGAAGCUACAAUGGCAACCCAGUGAAUACGUGCAGGAGGGCAACACCUCCGUGUUGAAGGAUAUAGAUGAGGUGACAUCCUCCAUACCCAAUGUCCGACGUGCAGUAGCAUUGGAUGCAAGUGCUGCUUGGGCAGAUUGGCCUUCACAGGUGAGAGAGUUCGAAGGGCAGUUCACUGCCGUUUACCUUUCGAACAUUACUCAUAUUUCUCCUUGGAAGGUCACCUGUGGCAUCGUUGCAGGGGCCAGUGAGGCGCUUGAGAAUGGUGGGCUUCUGAUCAUCUACGGCCCGUUCAAGGUCAAUGGAGAGUUUACGACUGAGAGCAAUGCAGACUUUGACAAAUCGCUGAGGUCACGGAACCCGGAAUGGGGAUACCGAGACAUCGACGAAAUUUGCGCAGAAGCCAAGAAGAAUGGCUUGCAAUUUGAAGGCAAACGAGAAAUGCCAGCGAACAACUUUCUGCUGACCUUCAGCAAGACUAAAUAG